AAAGUAGUCCCUCCGGACGUUUCCGCGGAGGGAUCUUCGAGUGGGCGGGGCUUGUGACUAUAUGAGGCGGCGCUGGGCGGUGCUCCCAGAGGACGAGAGGACGCGUUCUGUCGUCGCACUUGCGUGAGGACCGCCGCCGUGAAGAUGCAGAUCUUUGUGAAGACCCUGACCGGCAAGACCAUCACCCUGGAGGUGGAGCCCAGUGACACCAUCGAGAAUGUCAAGGCAAAGAUCCAGGACAAAGAGGGCAUCCCCCCUGACCAGCAGAGGCUGAUCUUUGCCGGCAAGCAGCUAGAAGAUGGCCGCACCCUGUCUGACUACAACAUCCAGAAGGAGUCCACCCUGCACCUGGUGCUCCGUCUCAGAGGUGGGAUGCAGAUCUUUGUGAAGACGCUGACCGGCAAGACCAUCACCCUGGAGGUGGAGCCCAGUGACACCAUCGAGAACGUCAAGGCAAAGAUCCAGGACAAAGAGGGCAUCCCCCCUGACCAGCAGAGGCUGAUCUUUGCCGGCAAGCAGCUGGAAGAUGGCCGCACCCUGUCUGACUACAACAUCCAGAAGGAGUCCACCCUGCACCUGGUGCUCCGUCUCAGAGGUGGGAUGCAGAUCUUUGUGAAGACCCUGACCGGCAAGACCAUCACCCUGGAGGUGGAGCCCAGUGACACCAUCGAGAAUGUCAAGGCAAAGAUCCAGGACAAAGAGGGCAUCCCCCCUGACCAGCAGAGGCUGAUCUUUGCCGGCAAGCAGCUAGAAGAUGGCCGCACCCUGUCUGACUACAACAUCCAGAAGGAGUCCACCCUGCACCUGGUGCUCCGUCUCAGAGGUGGGAUGCAGAUCUUUGUGAAGACCCUGACCGGCAAGACCAUCACCCUGGAGGUGGAACCCAGUGACACCAUCGAGAACGUCAAGGCAAAGAUCCAGGACAAAGAGGGCAUCCCCCCUGACCAGCAGAGGCUGAUCUUUGCCGGCAAGCAGCUGGAAGAUGGCCGCACCUUGUCUGACUACAACAUCCAGAAGGAGUCCACCCUGCACCUGGUGCUCCGUCUCAGAGGUGGGAUGCAGAUCUUUGUGAAGACGCUGACCGGCAAGACCAUCACCCUGGAGGUGGAGCCCAGUGACACCAUCGAGAACGUCAAGGCAAAGAUCCAGGACAAAGAGGGCAUCCCCCCUGACCAGCAGAGGCUGAUCUUUGCCGGCAAGCAGCUGGAAGAUGGCCGCACCCUGUCUGACUACAAUAUCCAGAAGGAGUCCACCCUGCACCUGGUGCUCCGUCUCAGAGGUGGGAUGCAGAUCUUUGUGAAGACCCUGACCGGCAAGACUAUCACCCUGGAGGUGGAGCCCAGUGACACCAUCGAGAACGUCAAGGCAAAGAUCCAGGACAAAGAGGGCAUCCCCCCUGACCAGCAGAGGCUGAUCUUUGCCGGCAAGCAGCUGGAAGAUGGCCGCACCUUGUCUGACUACAACAUCCAGAAGGAGUCCACCCUGCACCUGGUGCUCCGUCUCAGAGGUGGGAUGCAGAUCUUUGUGAAGACCCUGACCGGCAAGACCAUCACCCUGGAGGUGGAGCCCAGUGACACCAUCGAGAAUGUCAAGGCAAAGAUCCAGGACAAAGAGGGCAUCCCCCCUGACCAGCAGAGGCUGAUCUUUGCCGGCAAGCAGCUGGAAGAUGGCCGCACCCUGUCUGACUACAACAUCCAGAAGGAGUCCACCCUGCACCUGGUGCUCCGUCUCAGAGGUGGGAUGCAGAUCUUUGUGAAGACCCUGACCGGCAAGACUAUCACCCUGGAGGUGGAGCCCAGUGACACCAUCGAGAAUGUCAAGGCAAAGAUCCAGGACAAAGAGGGCAUCCCCCCUGACCAGCAGAGGCUGAUCUUUGCCGGCAAGCAGCUGGAAGAUGGCCGCACCCUGUCUGACUACAACAUCCAGAAGGAGUCCACCCUGCACCUGGUGCUCCGUCUCAGAGGUGGGAUGCAGAUCUUUGUGAAGACCCUGACCGGCAAGACCAUCACCCUGGAGGUGGAGCCCAGUGACACCAUCGAGAAUGUCAAGGCAAAGAUCCAGGACAAAGAGGGCAUCCCCCCUGACCAGCAGAGGCUGAUCUUUGCCGGCAAGCAGCUGGAAGAUGGCCGCACCCUGUCUGACUACAACAUCCAGAAGGAGUCCACCCUGCACCUGGUGCUCCGUCUCAGAGGUGGGAUGCAGAUCUUUGUGAAGACCCUGACCGGCAAGACCAUCACCCUGGAGGUGGAACCCAGUGACACCAUCGAGAACGUCAAGGCAAAGAUCCAGGACAAAGAGGGCAUCCCCCCUGACCAGCAGAGGCUGAUCUUUGCCGGCAAGCAGCUGGAAGAUGGCCGCACCUUGUCUGACUACAACAUCCAGAAGGAGUCCACCCUGCACCUGGUGCUCCGUCUCAGAGGUGGGAUGCAGAUCUUUGUGAAGACCCUGACCGGCAAGACUAUCACCCUGGAGGUGGAGCCCAGUGACACCAUCGAGAACGUCAAGGCAAAGAUCCAGGACAAAGAGGGCAUCCCCCCUGACCAGCAGAGGCUGAUCUUUGCCGGCAAGCAGCUGGAAGAUGGCCGCACCUUGUCUGACUACAACAUCCAGAAGGAGUCCACCCUGCACCUGGUGCUCCGUCUCAGAGGUGGGAUGCAGAUCUUUGUGAAGACCCUGACCGGCAAGACCAUCACCCUGGAGGUGGAGCCCAGUGACACCAUCGAGAAUGUCAAGGCAAAGAUCCAGGACAAAGAGGGCAUCCCCCCUGACCAGCAGAGGCUGAUCUUUGCCGGCAAGCAGCUGGAAGAUGGCCGCACCCUGUCUGACUACAACAUCCAGAAGGAGUCCACCCUGCACCUGGUGCUCCGUCUCAGAGGUGGGAUGCAGAUCUUUGUGAAGACCCUGACCGGCAAGACCAUCACCCUGGAGGUGGAACCCAGUGACACCAUCGAGAACGUCAAGGCAAAGAUCCAGGACAAAGAGGGCAUCCCCCCUGACCAGCAGAGGCUGAUCUUUGCCGGCAAGCAGCUGGAAGAUGGCCGCACCUUGUCUGACUACAACAUCCAGAAGGAGUCCACCCUGCACCUGGUGCUCCGUCUCAGAGGUGGGAUGCAGAUCUUUGUGAAGACGCUGACCGGCAAGACCAUCACCCUGGAGGUGGAGCCCAGUGACAUCCUAGAAACCAUCAAACUGAUGGGUAAUGGACACACCUUUCUCAGUAUAACCUCUAGCAACAAUCCUUCAUGCUUAAGAAGUGUCUGUUUCCCCUUUUAAGGUUUGAAAAGUUUUGUUGCACUUUAAAUAAAGUUCUUGCAUUCCCAAA